AUGGUGGUAGCAUUGGGUCCAGGAAAAUUCUACGGCAGCAGUUUACCAAGGCCGAGGUUUUACGAAAACCCAAAUGGAGAACGGGUCGAUCCACCGGUGUCCGUUAUGGAUCCGUUGAUGUCAUGGGCUGAGGAAGCUCACUGGUCAAUGGGGGGUUUGAGCUUCAAACGCCUCCGUCUUCAGGGACGGAUCGAAGGUAACAUCAAGAAACUCAGAGCUGAGCAUGAGAAGAUGGAGAAGAAGUCGGUGAAAAAGGGUUCGGUGUCGUCACGGGUGGUUCAUGUAAGUCCAUCUCCUCCUCCUGCUCCAUUGAAUUUGAAGAGGAAAAUGCGAUUGGUUGAUGAGUCUGAUGAUGAAAAUGAAGAAAUGGGGGUAGAGGGGAGAGUGGAAAAAAGGGGUCUAGCGAGGAAAUUGGAUGAUGAUUUUGAUAAAGUUGCUGAGAAGAGUGAUGGGGUAGUUAUGGGAAGAACAAGGAGUGGUAGAAACAAAGAAGCUGUAGUUGAGAAAUUGAAACCCAGAGGUAGAAAAUUGAAGAAGGGAGUGAAGGGAUCUGAGAAGAAGAGUGUACCAGUGACACCAAAUGCAGCAAGGACUUCACCAAGAUUGUCGAAACGUCGGUUGCCUUGA